GAAACAACUCAACGGAUUUUGGCAGCUAGAAGGAUGAAAACCUUGAGUAAACUAAAAGAUCGAACGUCUGGUGCAAAAUCAACGGAGAGUGCCUGUCAUCUUGUGACUUCUACUUUACGUGAUAGUAAUGAUGGAGAUAUCCCUUUUUCCUUGGUGUACGUCGUUGCUAAUCACAAUAAAAGUGGUGAAACGGCGAUCCUAAUGUCCACAACUUUCGAUGAAGGUCUCGAAUCGGCGAAUGACGAUCAUGGUGAAAUUAGUGAAUUGGUUUUUGUUAAAGGAAAAUCAACAAGAAAAUUACCAAAUUUCUUGCUAGACACCUCCGAGAUGAUAAAUAUUAUAGAUGGUGAAAAUAAUGUAAAUCAUGAGACAUCCGGUCGUCAAACACUGUCUACCUCGAUUGCUGAUGCGAAUGACUUUAACACAUCUUCGUGGCCAAUAACGCAAGUUCAAAAAUCAAAUACGCAUUCAAUAGUUACAUUAAAAAACGGCACCCGGGCAAUCCUCUUUCCGGUUUACACAUCUUCCAUGGGAAAGAUGUUAUUAAUUGCCAUAAUUAUUUUUGGCCUGAAUCAACGACGCGCACUCGAUCAAGGGCACUUGUCAUUCUUACAGCUUGUUGUUUGUCACGUGAGUCGAAGCUUAACACACGGUCGAUCACGCGAAGAGGAGAGAAAACAGGUCGAAGCUUUAAGGGAUUUAAAUAAUGAAAAGAUAACGUUUUUCCGAAACAUAAAUCAUAAAUUAAGAACGCCUUUGACACUUAUACUUUCACCGCUUGAAGAAAUAAUCAACAACGUCUCUCUGGACCCGUCGAUCCUUUCCAAUCUACGAAUGAUCAAUCGCAAUGCUUGCCGACUGCUUGAAUUUGUGAAUAACUUGCAACAGUUUUCACAAGUAGACACGAGCACGCUAGGAUCCAAAUUCAAAGAGAUUGAUGUCAUAAAAUGUACCCACGAGUUAACCUCAAAUUUCGAAAGCGUAGCAAAAUUGUUAAAACUCGAUUAUUCCAUCCAAUUACCGAGCCACGAGGAACUUUACGGCAAAUUGAAGAACAAAGUAUUUCUGGACAAGGAAAUGUAUGAAAAGAUUUUACUCAAUUUAC